AUGGCUCGUAGUUGGCAGCUCUGGCUUUCGCGGCGCCCGUUGCGGCGAACCAAGACUCCCUCCGGACCUCAGAUGCUUUCCCCAAAUGACGCAGCGUUGUACGAGUUCUUGUACGAAAAAAAUGGUCGCCUGACCGUGAAAGAGACUCACUACGCGGACAACCAGACCGUUCGUGAUGGACUCUCUGGACCGCCACUGCAUAUCCAUUUACGACAGACCGAGUACUUCCGGGUCCUGCAAGGCGAAUUGGGAGUUGUCAGAAACGAGAAAAAGGGCGUACUGAGAAAAGAGGAUGGGAUCCUCGUCAUCCCUCCAGGUACUCGGCAUCGAUUCUGGCCCCAUACUCCCAUCAAGCAAGAUCUCAUCUUUCACGUUUGGGCCGAACCCCCAGAUGUCGACCAUGGCUUCGAUGAGAACUACUUACGUAACGCCCUGGGAUAUGUUCGAGAUUGUGCGCAGCAGAAUAUAGCGCCCUCCAUCUUCCAAAUGGCUCUGUUUGGCUGGAGCAGCGAUACCAUUUUCAUCUGUCCCCCUUUCUGGGUGCCAAUAUGGAUCCUGGUGUUCGCUCAAUACGUGGCGGGGCACAUCAUUGGAGGCUUUUUGCUGGGGUAA